AUGGUUGCAGAUGAUUUGUUUGGUUCCCCUAACCUGCAAUGUGGCAGGUCAGGGGAGGACACGCGGGGGGUCAGGGGAGGAGACGCGGGGGGUCAGGGGAGGAGACGCGGGGGGUCAGGGGAGGAGGGGAAGAGACGCGGGGGGUCAGGGGAAGAGGCGCGGGGGGUCAGGGGAAGAGGCGCGGGGGGUCAGGGGAAGAGGCGCGGGGGGUCAGGGGAAGAGGCGCGGGGGGUCAGGGGAGGAGGCGCGGGGGGUCAGGGGAGGAGGCGCGGCGGGUCAGGGGAGGAGACGCGGCGGGUCAGGGGAACCGUCGCGGCGGGUCAGGGGAAGAGACGCUGCGGGUCAGGGGAACCGGCCCCGCGGGUCAGGGGAGGAGGCACGGGUCAGGGGAAGAGACGUGGCGGGUCAGGGGAAGAGACGCUGCGGGUCAGGGGAACCGGCCCCGCGGGUCAGGGGAGGAGGCACGGGUCAGGGGAAGAGACGUGGCGGGUCAGGGGAGGAGGCGUGGCGGGUCAGGUGAGGAGGCGUGGCGGGUCAGGGGAGGAGGCGCGGCGGGUCAGGGGAGGAGGCGCGGCGGGUCAGGGGAGGAGGCACGGCGGGUCAGGGGAAGGGUUAGCUAAAACGCUACAGUUGUCAAUAGCUGUUGUCCUCACUGGAGUCCUGUUCUAA